CUUCUAAACACCUCUCCCUCACCCCAUUUGAACUAAAAGGUUAAGGAGGAAGGGAGAGCCGCACAACCCAAGAAAAAGGAAGAAGAAGGAGAGCUGACCACAUGGAUUCAUUCCAUUUCGUGGAGCUCACUGUUUGCGUUGUAUCUUGAGAAAUACACAUCCAAUCGAGGCGUGUGAGGUGCCAAAAGAAACAUCUCCAAAAGAGGAAUCCAUAGAGGUGCGGUUUGUGUCAAAAUGAGCAGUUUAAGGCCUCCAAAUCAUCCGAACAGAACGCAACCAAUACAUUUUUGGUAUUCAAAGUUAGGGAACAAAUUCGCCGGAAAACACCCGUUCUAGGGACUGUUUUCAUGUCGACGUUUAGGGGUUGAGCUAGCACUGUGAGGAGGCUUCAUAACACUCAAUUUUAAGCAAGGAAUCAAUUCUUAAACCACCUUGGCCGAAGCUUUGACCAUUGGAUCAAGAAAGAAAAAUUUAAAGCUCAUUUAAGUUAUGGAUGCCAUCCGGCCAUUCCAUGCACGUGAAUUCCAACUUCUCUACGACUGUCUCUUCCUCCCCAAAAACUCCGAAGCUCCAUUAAUAGACAAAGAAGCUUUAGAAAUUUCUCCUGGAUUAACUAAGUAUUGGAUCCCGGAAUGUGAUGAAUCAUUUAAACCAAAGCUUGACAUGGUAUUCAAAACCCUCGAGGAUGGUAUUGAAUUUUAUAAGCAAUAUGCAGCUUGUUGUGGCUUCGAUUCUCGUAUUGGUUCUCAAACUAAGCAUCGCCGGCCGAGGACGAACACCAUUGUGUGGAAAUAUGUUGUGUGCAAUAGAGCUGGUUUCAAAAAUAUUGCUAAAGUCAAUCCUCCAGAAACUAGUCAUGUUAUGCCUUUUAGUGUUGUUAGUGAUGAACACACUGAAUGUUCAAAUGAUGAUGCAGAGGCUCACGUUUUUCCAGAGCAUCCAGAAUCCUCCCAUGCUAUUCCCGACACCGAAAAAAAAACAGAGGCGUCACCGUGUAUCAAACCGUGUUGGCUGUAAAGCACAUAAGAUUAUUACGUUAUUUGAAGAGCGCCACAAUCAUCCUAUGUCGUCUCUUGAUGCCAGACCGUUUCUUAAAGUAAACAGGAAGCUUGAUCUUGGUCAUCAAAAGUUUGUUCUCAAUUGUGCAAAGGCUAAUAUAGGAACUAUGAAAUCAUACCGACUGUACAAGGAAACUGUUGGAGGAUAUUGCAAUAUUGGUGCAACGACGGUUGAUUUCAAGAACUUUAAGCGAGAUUUGAAGGCAUAUAUUUCCGGCGUGGAUGCUCAAAUGCUAAUUGAUAAGCUUUUCGGAAGCAAGAAAUUUGUUCAGCAUAUAUUUUUGAGUAUGACGUUGAUGAGAGUGAUUUUUUUGAAGAUGUGCUUUUUUCGAUGCUACAUAUGGGACUAACAGAUACAAUAUGGUUUUUGCACCUUUCACCGGUGUCGACAAUCACAAAAAAUGUGUCACAUUUGGUGCCGGUCUUCUAUUUAAAGAAGACAUUGAAUCAUAUUUUUGGUUGUUCCGUUGUUUUCUAAAUGCAAUGGGACACGCACCUAAGUGUAUCGUUACUGAUCAAGACCCGUCUAUAAUUUUCUGAGACAACUACAUGACUAUGACUAAAAUAAAGAUUGUUUGUGAAACAUGACCUCUUAAAUGUAGUGACUAUAGUAGUUACUUUUUCACGUAACUUAUAUUCAAUUUUCACAUCAUGUGACCAUGACAUUAUAUCCAUAUUAAUUUUAGUCCUGUUUUUGUAAAUUACUUUUAUUUCAGCAAUUUUUUGUAAAUAGUUUUUAUUUCAGGAAUAGUUUUAAAAUAUUUCUAAUUUUUUCUUUAAUUUAUAAAUAAAAGAUAUUUUAAAUAUUUUUUUCUAUAAUUAAACAAAUUCAGCCAGUGUGGUCGCUUCAAUUAAACUUUGUCAAAUUGAACAGAUUGAAUCAAUUCAAUCAAUUUCAAUAUAACUAACAGGCUA